GCCAAUUCAAAGUCAACUACUUCCCUUCUUUCUCACCUCACAGGUACCAGCAUGGCUGCAACUCUCAAAACGACCUCACUAGGAGAGAUCCGAGGCAAAGACGCCAAUGGUGCCACCCAAUACCUUGGAAUCAAAUACGCGACUCUUAAGAACAGAUUCGCAGACGCAGAACUCAUCAAAAGCCGCGAGGCCGAUGUACUCGACGCAACCAGAGACGGACCAACUGCCGUCUCCCCUCUAUUCGGCUGUGACCUCGAGCUCAGCGCUAUUCAACACACCCUUCCCAAAAAGGACCUCCAGCAGUCAGACGUGGACUGUCUAAAUCUGAACAUCACCGUUUCCGCUGGCACCACUGCGUCUUCGAAGCUUCCGGUCUUCAUCUUUAUCCACGGUGGGGGGUUUAUGCUCGGUGCCAAUUCGUGGCCUCAGUUCGAUUAUGGGCGGUUUGUCCGAUUGUCCAAGGAAAAAAUGUCGCCUGUUGUUGCUGUUUCGAUCAACUAUCGAUUGGGCGCUUUCGGGUUCCUGACUUCAGAUGAACUCCGCAAAGCCGGCUACAACGCCAACAACGGUCUCCGGGACCAAAGAGUCGCACUAGAAUGGGUACAGAAGCACAUUCAAGACUUCGGAGGUGAUCCAGGAAAUGUGACCGUAGCAGGCGAAAGCGCUGGUGCGGCAUCCGUAACCUACCACCUUCACUCCGAGAAACCACUCUUCAAACGCGCCAUCGUCAUGAGCGGAAGCUUCUUCCUUCUCCCGGCUUUGCCGUACGACGUGCAUGAGGAGAACUACAAACAGGCAAUAGCGGCACUGGGAUUGGAGAAUGCAACGCCAGAGGAAAGAAUCCGAUUUCUGCUGGAGACACCCGGUCAGGACCUUAUUGGCAAGCUUCCCCCGUCUGUUCGGUUUGUACCUGCAUUUGACGGUGACAUUGUGCCUUCUGGUGUUACCUAUACGCAAGUUGGUGAUAAGGGGGCCAACGUGCCCAGGGGAAAGACCUGGUGUGACAGUUUACUCGUGGGAGACACGCAAAUGGAUACAAGCAUCAUGGCAAUCCUAAUCCCUCACACGAAACAAGGCUGCGCAAACAAAUUCACCAACGCCAUUAACACCGUCCUAUCCUCUCACCCGUCCAUAGCACAACAAAUCCUACACAAAUACAACAUCACCCCCAACCAACCCGACGAAGAAGCCUUCCCCGCAAUCCUCAACUACCUCAACGACCUCCUCUUCUUCGCGCCUACACUGACUCUAGCACGCGGCUGGCCCGGAGCCGCAUACGUAUACUACUUCAAUGAGGGUAACCCCUGGGACGGACCAUGGAAGAACCGUGCCUCUCACAUCCUAGACGUGGCAUAUCUAUUCCAGAAUUUCCGGGAGUAUCUGACCCCCGAGCAGAAAAGUGUCGGGGCCGCUUUUGCAGAGGAUAUGUUCAAAUACUGCCACGGGAUCGCACCAUGGCCCGCGAUCAAACCCGGAGAGACGACAACUGGCUUCACAGCGCGGACGUACGGGCCUAGUGCGGACAAUCGCAUUGCUGGACAGGUAUCAAAGCCAUACGGUGAAGAAAGUCAGCGCAGGUCUGUUCUUUUCGAGUAUGAUGCGGUGUCUUUGGAUGAUUUGGUGAGGGUUUUUGUAGCAUUCACGUCGUAGUCAUAGCAAUAGUCACAGCUGUACUUGUAUGAUAUGACCACCUUGCAUAGGACAGAUCUACAUAGUACAUAUGUAC